CCUGCGUCACGUGGUCGCCGAGCAGCACCGAAUCGGCCGGGAGAGCCGAGGGAGAAUCCGGGUGGAAGCCGAGAAAUCCAGCUCCGAUAGCAGCGCCGGUCCCGCCCCGGCCCCCGCCCCGGGGUGCGCGCCGCACGCCAGCCGGCCGCUCGGGCCUCUGGAGCAGAUCUCCGGACGGCACCCACGCUCCAUCGCGGGAUCGAACCCCGCUCCCUCCGCCGACAUUCGGGGAGGCCUGGUGCCCAUUCACAGAAUUUUGAGCCUGCUUGUGGGGCUCUCCCUGCACUCCUCUCAGCUCCCCGCCCCAUACUCGUGCCUGUGACCCAGAUGCCUGUGAUGACACCAUUUGAACAUCUCGGCACCAUCCUUAGCCCCGGGGGCCCCACCGAGAGAGCGGCAUGCGGCACCCCCAGGCAUGCCCAGCAUCCUUCAGCCCACUGUCCAGCCCCCCCAGGAGGUCCUAACGCCCUGGGGCACUUCUGCUGUGCACAGGACCACGUGGGGGUUUGCCAUGGUGACAUAAAGGGGCGUGGAGGACGGAAGGAGCGCAACCGGCCGCGGACUGCACCUCUGGCUGGGAGGAAGGGCCGGGGCCCGGAUCCUCCACUGCCACUGCCACUGCCACUGCCCACUUGGGGCCUUGCUCGCUGAGUCUCUGUGAACUUGUUGGUCGGUGGACAACUUGGGAGUCUUCUCCUGCGUGGGGCCUUGGGGCAGCCAGGGUGGCCGGGCCCCCGGUGGCCGAGGUCUCGGGGGCCAGGAUGCCUGCCCUGGCGCGCCUCCGCAGGCUGUGUCGGCACAUGUCCCCGCAGGCUGUACUUUUCCUGCUGUUCGCCUUCUGCCUGUUCAGCGUUUUUGUCUCGGCCUACUACCUAUAUGGCUGGAAGCGGGGCCUGGAGCCCUCGGUGGACGCCCCCGAGCCUGACUGUGGGGACCCGCCGCCCGUGGCCCCCAGCCGCCUGCUGCCACUCAAGCCCAUACAGGUGGCCGCCCCUUCCCGCACGGACCCGUUGGUGCUGGUGUUCGUGGAGAGCCUCUACUCCCAGCUGGGCCAGGAGGUGGUGGCCAUCCUGGAGUCCAGCCGCUUCAAAUACCGCACAGAGAUUGCACCGGGCAAGGGUGACAUGCCCACACUCACCGACAAGGGCCGCGGCCGCUUCGCCCUCAUCAUCUAUGAGAACAUCCUCAAGUACGUCAACCUGGAUGCCUGGAACCGGGAGCUGCUGGACAAGUAUUGCGUGGCCUACGGCGUGGGCAUCAUCGGCUUCUUCAAGGCCAACGAGAACAGCCUGCUGAGCGCGCAGCUCAAAGGUUUCCCCCUGUUCCUGCACUCCAACCUGGGCCUGAAGGACUGCAGCAUCAACCCCAAGUCCCCGCUGCUGUACGUGACACGGCCCAGCGAGGUGGAGAAGGGCGUGCUGCCUGGCGAGGACUGGACCGUAUUCCAGUCGAACCACUCCACCUACGAGCCUGUGCUCCUGGCCAAGACGCGGUCGUCCGAGUCCAUCCCGCACCUGGGCGCGGAUGCCGGCCUUCACGCCGCGCUGCAUGCCACUGUGGUCCAGGACCUGGGCCUCCACGACGGAAUCCAGCGCGUGCUGUUCGGCAACAACCUCAACUUCUGGCUGCACAAGCUUGUCUUCGUCGACGCCGUGGCCUUCCUCACAGGCAAGCGCCUCUCGCUGCCUCUGGACCGCUACAUCCUGGUGGACAUUGAUGACAUCUUUGUGGGCAAGGAGGGCACGCGCAUGAAGGUGGAGGACGUGAAGGCCCUAUUUGAUACGCAGAACGAACUACGGACACACAUCCCAAACUUCACUUUCAACCUGGGCUACUCAGGGAAAUUCUUCCACACAGGUACCGAUGCUGAGGACGCUGGGGACGACCUGCUGCUGUCGUAUGUGAAGGAGUUUUGGUGGUUCCCCCACAUGUGGAGCCAUAUGCAGCCCCACCUUUUCCACAACCAGUCCGUACUAGCUGAGCAGAUGGCCCUGAACAAGAAGUUCGCUGUCGAGCACGGCAUUCCCACAGACAUGGGGUAUGCAGUGGCGCCCCACCACUCGGGUGUGUACCCUGUGCACGUGCAGCUGUACGAGGCCUGGAAGCAGGUGUGGAACAUCCGCGUGACCAGCACGGAGGAGUACCCCCACCUGAAGCCAGCCCGCUACCGCCGUGGCUUCAUCCACAACGGCAUCAUGGUCCUCCCGCGGCAGACCUGCGGCCUCUUCACACACACGAUCUUCUACAACGAGUACCCAGGCGGCUCCAGCGAGCUGGACAAGAUCAUCAACGGGGGCGAGCUCUUCCUCACAGUGCUCCUCAACCCUAUUAGCAUCUUCAUGACGCACCUGUCCAACUACGGGAACGACCGCCUGGGCCUGUACACCUUCAAGCACCUGGUGCGUUUCCUGCACUCUUGGACCAACCUCCGGCUGCAGACACUGCCCCCAGUGCAGCUGGCCCAGAAGUACUUCCAGAUCUUCUCUGAGGAGAAGGACCCGCUCUGGCAGGAUCCCUGUGAAGACAAACGCCAUAAAGACAUCUGGUCCAAGGAGAAGACAUGUGACCGCUUCCCAAAGCUCCUCAUCAUUGGCCCCCAGAAAACAGGCACCACGGCCCUCUACCUGUUCCUGGGCAUGCACCCCGACCUCAGCAGCAACUACCCCAGCUCCGAGACCUUUGAGGAGAUCCAGUUUUUUAAUGGUCACAACUAUCACAAAGGCAUCGACUGGUACAUGGAGUUCUUCCCUAUCCCCUCCAACACCACCUCUGACUUCUACUUUGAGAAAAGCGCCAACUACUUUGAUUCGGAAGUGGCUCCCCGGCGGGCGGCUGCCCUGUUACCCAAGGCCAAGGUCUUGACCAUCCUCAUCAACCCAGCAGACCGAGCCUAUUCCUGGUACCAGCACCAGCGAGCCCAUGAUGACCCAGUAGCCCUGAAGUACACCUUCCACGAGGUGAUCACAGCUGCGCCCGAUGCAUCCUUGAAACUGCGCGCCCUCCAGAACCGCUGCCUGGUCCCCGGCUGGUAUGCCACCCACAUCGAGCGCUGGCUCAGCGCCUUUCAUGCCAACCAGAUUCUGGUCUUGGAUGGCAAACUGCUGCGAACGGAACCUGCCAAAGUGAUGGACACAGUGCAAAAGUUCCUUGGGGUGACGAACACCAUUGACUACCACAAAACCUUGGCGUUUGAUCCAAAGAAAGGAUUUUGGUGCCAGCUGCUCGAAGGAGGAAAAACCAAGUGUCUAGGCAAAAGCAAGGGCCGGAAAUACCCAGAGAUGGACUUGGAUUCCCGCGCCUUCCUGAAGGACUAUUACCGGGACCACAACAUUGAGCUUUCCAAGCUGCUGUACAAGAUGGGCCAGACACUGCCCACCUGGCUACGGGAGGAGCUCCAGAACACCAGGUAGCCACGGCCACCACAGCCAGACUGAAUGUGACGGCAGGGACGUCCCGCCACACGCUGAGCCAGACUGACCUGCAGAGUGGGGAGCUGGGCCCGGGCUGGCCAAGCACUUACAAGCAAUACUCUGCUGCAGCCCAGGUAGGGCCAGGAGAAGAGCCCAGGCAGGUCCACACACGCCUCAGAGCGUCCAGUGCUGGGUUGGUGGCCUCUAGGACCUCCUUCGCCAACCGGGGUCCAUUCUGCUCAUAGUUUUUCAUGGGGAGGCCACUUCCUGUUGGUGGAAGACCAUAAGCUGGUAGGAAGGAGUCCACAAGACUCUGUUUUCCGUCCCUGUGUUCUACCCACCCUACUCUCUCCAUCCCAUCACUCCCUGCUUGCUCCAGUAGGGUGUCCACUCAGUAUUAGCUGCCCUAUUUUCCCUGUCCUCCAGACAACGAGAAGAGCCCAGCUGGGGCUUUUGCCAAGCCAGGGGGAGAGAUUGGAAGUUUCCCUGAUGGUUCAAGCCAGGCUUUUCAGAGGGGUCAGCUGGGAACCCAGAGGUGGUCCCUAGGCUGGGCGUGAGCCUGUCCAGCUCGAGAACGCUGGACCUCCACACCCGUUCUGCUUCAUACCUUCCUAUCUCACCUUCCCUCUUUAGAGAAAGAAUCGCUGGUUCCUACAGUACCCACUCAGUCCUAAAGGCCUCCUUCAGGGCCCUGGGGCACUGCCACGCAUUUGGACCCAGAGACCCAGGCCUCAACCCUACCCCGGUUCUUCCCCCUGGGAUAUGACAAUGUGUGGUGUUUCCUGUGGUAAAGGACUGAGGCGGUCGUGGAGUCGGCCGUAUACAUGUCCCAGUGUACAUAUGUUGUCCCUAAGCCCACCUGGCCUUGGCCUCUGGCAGAUGCUGGGCAGACUUGAUGAGAUGGCCAUCCCUGCUCUGCGCCAGCUGCCGGUGGCCAAGGGUUUCUAGAGAGCCCCUUAACCUCCCAAAUACUAAGAAGCUAAAGUAUUUUAAUAUUUUUUUUUCUUGGUGCCAGAGUUUAUACCCUGGGUGCUGGGGUCGCACUGUGUUACAUAUAUAUAUAUAUAUAUAACAUGUAUAUAUAUAUAUUAUAUUUUUUUUGGUUGGGUUUGUUUUUAAUUCAGUCGUACAAAAUGGUGGCACGCCCCAGUCCCAAAGGGCGUCCUAUCUCAGUGCUAGAGAAUGGGAUGGAAGGGCGGGGGGUGGGGGCCUCAAGGACACUGUAUGGAAGGGCCCUGGCUGCCCCGGGGCUGCCCCAGGUGACCAGGUGGUGAGAUACAUAAGGAAGACCUCCUCUUUCCAGGAGAUCUGGCUUCAUGAAGCGCGGUGACCCUGGGGCACUUUUGGCCAAAGGAAACAGCCAGGCUGGGGUAGGAGACCCCGGGGCUUAAAGGCUGGCCUGUUCCCCUUCCCCUCACAUGGUGCUAGGUUGGGAGCUGCCCUGGGAGCCACAGAACUGUCUCUAGGCCCCCUGCCGACAAGGGGAUCUCUGGGCUAUUUUCUGGUUGGGGCCUGCUCCUACCCACCCCUCCCGCCCCCAUCUUUUAACAAUGUGAAGUGACUAAGGCUGGGGUGCCUUUCCCCAGCCCCUCCCACUGCCAGUUCAGCUUUGAACUGACACCUGGGAAAUCCUUUCUGGAGAGCCUUGUCUUGUUCAGAAGACUCUACCAUGUUGGGGUGAAGGGUCCUUCAACGGGUGUGGACACAGGUCCAGAAAUGGGAGGUGGCCUCUGGGGCUGAUGUCACAGAACUGAUCUGGAGCAGGGCCAAGCAUUGAACUCGAGGCUCCCAAUUCCGAGCCCAGUGCUCUUCUUCCAAUGCCACACUGCCUCUGAGCCCAUCCUUGGGACCCUACUCUGUGCCAGGUUGCUGUCCCUCCUUUAGUCACGCCCUUGGUCAUUCCAGGAUAUGGGGACAAACCACUCCUUCCCAGCCAGGGUGCCUUUGAGCCUUCUCAGUUCCAGAGCUGCACUUGCAUCCCUGUCGUGCUCUCCCCACCUCAGAAGGUCCUCUCCCAGCCUGGGAGCCUGGGUCUCAGUUCCCAGGGCCUCCACUGGGCUGGAGAAGUGGACUGUCCUGCGGGGCCAGCUGCAUAUGGCUCUACGGCCUCCUGAGUGAAGCGUUUCCAUCAUGCUUCUCACUGGGGCCUUAGAACCUGGGAACCCUGGUUGCUGCUAACCCUGCAGGGGAUGAGAAGCGGAGUGUCUGAGGACAGGGUGGCAUGUCUGCGUGUACGCUUGUGAAGACUUACCUGCACCAGGAACCAGACUCCCAGAGGGGGCAGCGGCUUCCAUAGUGCAAAACCGGGGCCUCACUUCCCAUCUGUCAGCGUGGGGCUCUGCUCCGUGACCCGUGAGGACGGCACAGCUCCCACCGUCUGAGAUCUUCCCCCUGGGCCUGGACACCUGGGCAGGCUGCCCGGAGCCUGUCCUCGUGGGGCGGGCAGGUCCGCUCCCCUCGUCCUCUGGCCUGAGGAAGAAACAGGCAGGUUUGAGGCCCUGUGGUAGCAGAGGAAAUGCUGGAGACGUUUGUCCAGGCCCUUCUGGGAGGCUGGAGACUUGACCUGUCACAUGUUCUCAGUCUGUCUUGUCACUGCUACUUUUUCCCUUCCCACUAACGAAUCUCUCUCGAGAACCCACUUCCAGGACCGGUAGGUACUGGGGAGGGGAGAGAAGUCCCUCUAGGUUCUCUCAGCUGCUGAGCACACAGAAUCCACCCCCCACACACACACACACGAGAGGAGAAAACCAGAGGUCAGUGGGUGCAGUAUCCUGAGCAUCUUCCAUGUUUACUAAGUUACUGGCCAAAAACAAGAAAAAAAAACUCUACCAUCCCUUCUGCCAUCCCCUCCACACACCUGUGCCUCAAGCUCGGUGCAGGCGGGAUGUGCAGCUGCCUCCGUCACUCGGGGCUCUGGAGCUGCCCACAGUGCGGGCAUCUUGCGCCUGGAGAAGGAGUCUGAGGUUUAAAGACUGGUCUCUUUCGAGCCCCUAAGUAGGAGCAGCCAGUGCCUCUGGGGCCCAGCUGAGGGAGCAGUGGUCUGUUCCCAGUAGAAGAGUACUACUGCUAGGUUGACUUGCAGAGAUUGCUGGUCCCAACAUCGAGCUGUCCCCACAGGUUUGUUAGGAGAAAGAGCAAGUAAAUAAGUAAAUGUUGUACCAAAUACUUUAUAAUGAACUCCCACUGCCCACCAUUCAGACUUAAAAUUAAUGUUUUGCCGCAUUUUAAUCUUUCCUUCUGUACAAGCAUAUUUUUUCUGAACUAGUUUAAAAGUUGCAAAUAUAAGGAGACUCUACCCCAAAUGCUUCAGCCUGCAUCUCCUAAGAGUUAGGACAUUCUCCUACAAUUGGCCCAGUAUCACAACAGUAAUUUCCCAGCAACAUCUGCUGAUCAAUCCAUAUUCACAGUUCUCCCAAAUAACUUAUACCUGGUUUUGGAAUCGGGAACUAGUUAAGGUACACAUGUUGCAUCUUGGAACUGUGUUUUCUAAAAUCUCUUUCAAGUCAGUAAACUUUCCCUUCUGCCCACUCUGGUUGUUUGAAUGACAUUAUUUCGGAGGCUAGCAGGCUGCUGUCUUAUAGAAGUCCCACAUGCUGGAUUUGUCUGUUCCUUCCUGGUGUCAUAGAACACCUCUAACCCCUGUAUUGGCAAGGGUAAUUUGCGCUAUGGGGAUUGGUACCUUUUGUGCUGACUUGAAGACUUCAGUCCAUCCUAAGAUGCCCCUCUGCUGUCACCUGUACCAAGUGCCAAAUCAGCAGAGGGGCCGGCCAGAGCUGGGGAGGGCGAGGGAGGAAGCAUCACAGCCGCGCCCGGGAGGGUCUAGAAAGGAGGCUGGACCACGCGGUGUGGGCCUGUUGGGAAUGAGACGUCCCGGACUCAGAAAAUCCUGUGCUGCCCCCUUUGCUCCUGGUGACAGAGCACAGGGCACCAAAGGGCAUCUCUCUUUCUGUUGUGUGGCCUCUGGGUGUUCAUUUCCCGGAGGCCCGUGGUCUGUGUGCACCGGAGCAGAGCCAGCCCCUGGGAUGCACCAAAGAAGGGCUCCGCGGGGGCGCUGCCCCACCCAAGCUGCCGUUGCGGAGGAGAGCGCUGGGCUGGAGGCAGGAGAUGUGAAAUGUUGUCCCAGUUGAGUACACUGAGUAGCUGAGUGACAGUUUUCCUCCCAGGGACUCAAUUUCCCCAUCUAGAAUGAGCAGAUGGGCCUACAGCAUGGAUUUUCAGACGUCAAAGAAGGAAGCAGGUCUGCUCUAGUUGAAGUGAGGAUGGAGGUCCCAGGCCCCCCUCACCGCUGCCCACGAGGCACUGCUGGGUCCCCAGGCUGCUCGCCCAGGGCUGCCUGCCCCCAGAGGCUUCCGCUCGCCAGCUCAGACAGCCAGAGACAUUUUUUAGUUCCCACAAGGGAGAGGCAUGGGCUUUGUGUGGGGUCUAUGUCAAGGGCCUAUGGGGAGACUCUGGCUGUGUUUUAUCCUAAUAAGUUCACCCCUCCCUCUCUCCUUCCUCUCUGUGGCCCUUGAGGAGAAUGAGGGCGGAGAGGGUUUUCUAUGACUGUGCUAGUAGCUUUUAUAUCAGCAAGAGGGCUCCUUUUGUAAUUUGUGCAUGAAAUUCAUGUCAUUUCCUGGGGAGAGGAGAGGGCUGACUGGAGAGGGUGCGGGGCACAUGAGGGGAGCAGGCAGAGGUUUCCUUCCCUUGUGGGAGUGGGGAGAGGAGUAGAGAGGGGGGCGCUUCCCCGCUCACCUGGUCAGGGCUCUCAAACCAGCCGUUUUGGGUUGUGCUAAAAGUGGGAACCUUCCCUCCAUUAAUGUACAAUCUUGAACUAACUGCUAAUAAAGUGGGGUUCUGUUUGUA